AUGAACGGCGAAGGUUAUAGCGGAAGAGAGAGCGGUCGCUCGAGAGAUUAUUAUGGAAGCCGAUCGGGCAGAGACGACCGUCGAGAUCGUGGUGAUAGACGAGAGAGAGGCGAGAGGGGUGAUAGGGAGCGAAGGAGAUCAAGAUCACCUCACCAUGGCUCGAGAUCGUCGCGUCGAGACCCUGAAAUGGAUUCCUAUUCCUCCAGCCGUGACUAUCGCGCUAGAGAGCGAGAAGAUAGAUAUCAAAGCCGACGGGAUGAUAGAGGUGAUUGGGAUAGGGAUAGAGGAAGUGAUAGGAGGCGUGAGAGGCGUGGUGACGACGAGGAAAGGCCUCGACGCGACAGAGACCUCUUUGAAGAUAAAUCUCGCGGCGGUGGUCGCGGAAGGGAGAGGAAACGGAGCGCAACACCGCCUCCCAAGAAGAGGGAGCCCACGCCCGAUUUAACUGAUAUCGUCCCAAUCUUGGAACGGAAACGCCGCUUGACUCAGUGGGAUAUCAAACCCCCAGGCUACGAAAAUGUCACGUCUGAGCAAGCAAAGCUUUCAGGGAUGUUCCCGCUACCGGGUGCGCCACGUCAACAGGCUGUUGACCCAAGUCGCCUGCAAGCCUUUAUGAAUCCACCUACCGCUUCGGGGUCAAGCAACAACACGCUUCUCAAGCCUUCCAAUUCGCGACAGGCGAAGCGUCUAUUCGCCCACAACCUUCCACCAUCCGUAACCGAAGACACCCUCCAACAAUUUUUCAACCUGCAACUGAACGGUUUAAAUGUCAUCAGUGGUGUGGACCCGUGUCAGUCAGUACAGAUCGCCAAGGAUGGGAAAUUUGCGCUUCUGGAAUUCAAUACUGCAUCUGAUGCAACUGUUGCCCUGGCCUUUGACGGCAUUACCAUGGAGGAACAUGAAGCGAAUAAAGAAGGCAACGGAGAGGCGAACGGCCAGGUAAAGGGGCUGUCGAUAGUGAGACCAAAGGAUUAUAUUGUACCUUCGCCAACGGAGGAGGAACCCCGUCAAGAGGGUGUUCUAUCAAGUGACGUACCUGACUCGCCCAAUAAGAUUUGCGUGUCGAAUAUCCCACCAUUCAUCCAGGAAGACCAAGUCACCAUGCUACUGGUCUCGUUUGGUGAAUUGAAAUCGUUCGUGCUGGUAAAAGAUAUGGGAACUGAAGAGUCUAGAGGUAUCGCCUUCUGCGAAUAUCUUGAUCCAUCAUCCACUGGAAUUGCAGUUGAGGGCCUCAAUGGCAUGGAGCUCGGUGACAGAAGACUCAAAGUUGGCCGCGCAAGCAUCGGCACUGUACAGGCUGCAGGCCUUGAUAUGGGAGUUAAUGCGAUGUCCAUGUUCGCAAAGACGACAUCUCAAGACCUAGAGACUGGGAAGGUACUGCAAUUGCUAAACAUGGUAACUGCUGACGAACUAAUAGAUAACGAGGACUAUGAAGAAAUAUGCGACGAUGUCCAGGAGGAAUGCUCCAAGUAUGGUGUUGUGGAAGAGCUGAAGAUCCCCCGUCCUUCUGGCGGCAGCCGACAGGCAGCCGGCGUAGGCAAGAUUUAUGUCAAAUUCGACACACCCGAGUCGGCCACAAAAGCCCUACAGGCCCUUGCCGGCCGAAAAUUCCAGGACCGCACCGUUGUGACUACAUAUUUCUCGGAGGAAAAUUUCGAUGUUAACGCCUGGUAA